CUCCAGUCCUGGGACUUCAGACUGGAGGCGGAUAUCAGGCGGAGAGCAGGCAGCUUCCUGCUCUUUAAACCACGUCCCAACUCAUGGGAACCUUCUCCAACGCCGAGAGGUGAAUUUCUUCACUGUUUUGCCUCGCAAACUUUAAAGGGAUGGAAAACUAGGUCUGUUUGCAAAGAAAAGCAUGAAAGAGGAAGGAUCAAAGCGCAGAAUGAGACUGUCGAGUGUCUACAUUGCCGGAGGUGUAACAACGAGCGAGGGAUCUGCUGAUUGGACUUCUUGCCUUGAUUGUUGACGUCUCAAUAAUGUGUAUAACAAAUACAUAUUUUAUGAAGGUACAGUUCAAGGGGGAGUACCGUUUAGGAAAAGAUUUUUACCCAAAGAACACCACCAGUUAAGGAGGGAUAAAGUUCCUGAUCCCCAUUUGCCCAGAUUCAGAAACCGAUCUUGUGUCCUCUACACUGAACACUCAGCAUCCGCGGUGCACUAUGGCAGGAAUCAGUACUUCCAACAUGAAGACCCUGGAGGAUCUGACUCUGGAUUCGGGUUAUGGAGCUGGCGAUUCCUGCAAGUCCCUGAGUCUUUCUUCGGCAAAGUCAAACUCGCAUGCGCUUAUGGGGUGCCCCACACAGGCCAACUGGUGGUACUACUCCGGGUCUAUGAACAGUAGGAACAACAGCUGGGACACUGUCAACACUGUGCUGCCCGAGGAUCCAGAGGACAUAAUUUCUAAGUGUCCCCUGCCGGAGUUGGAGGAAUUCCCCUGGACAGACGAAGAGCUUGGCCGGGUUCUCCGCAGAGUCUCCGGCAAAGGAGCAACCUUCUCGGCCGAGUCUGUUCGGAAGCUCUCCGUUCUUUUACGAAGGGCCCUGAUACGGAUCUCCAGAGAAGCCCAGCGCCUGAGCGUCAUGCACUGCCGAUGCACCCGCUUCGAGGUGCAAAGUGCCAUACGGCUGGUGCUGAGCUGGGCGCUCGCUGAGAGCUGCGUCUCGGCCACCAUAAAAGCCAUAUCCCUGUACAGCAUGAGCGCCGGCGAGUGCCUGCGCAAGGGCAAGUCCAGCCGCUGCGGGCUCACCUUCUCCGUGGGGCGCUUCUUCCGCUGGAUGGUGGACACUCGCAUCUCCGUGCGCAUCCACGAGUACGCGGCGAUCUGCCUGACCGCCUGCGUGGAGUCGCUGGUGGAGGAGGUGGGCUCUCGGGUGCUGGGGGCCGACGCCGGACUGCACGGCAGCAUGCUGACGGCGGAGACGCUGGAGAGUGUCGUUAAUAACGACGCCGAGCUGUGGGGCGUCCUGCAGCCCUAUGAACACCUGAUAUGCGGGAAGAAUGCUAGCGGCGUGCUCUCCCUGCCGGCCCACUUCAGCCCUUACACGGAGAGUCAGCAGUCCGUCGCCGACAGCCGGGAGGACGCCUACGCCCAGCUGGAGCUCCGCACCCUGGAACAGGCCCUGCUGGCCACCUGUGUGGGCAGCAUCUCUGAGCUCAGUGACCUGGUGUCGCGCGCCAUGCACCACAUGCAGCGGCUGAGCGCGGUUCGGCCCGGCCUCAGCCCCGCGCGACACGCCCGUCAGCAGCCCGUGUCCUGGUCCCCCGACGCCCUGCACACCCUCUACUAUUUCCUGCGCUGCCCACAGAUGGAAUCCAUGGAGAAUCCAAACCUGGACCCACCCCGGAUGGCCCUCAUCAAAGAGAGACCCUUCCUGUUGCUCCCGCCUCUGAUGGAGUGGAUGCGGGUGGCGAUCGUCCACGCCGAGCACCGCCGCAGCCCAUUGGUCGACAGUGAUGAUGUCAGGCAGACGGCCAGGCAGCUCCUCCCAGGGCUGGACUGCGAGCCUCGGCAGCUGAAGCCUGAGUGCUGCUUCAGCUCCUUCAAGCGCCUGGACGCCAAAGCCGCCACCGACAAGUUCCAGCUGGACCUGGGCUUCCGUAUGCUGAACUGUGGCCGCACCGACCUCAUUGGCCAGGCCAUUGAGCUGCUGGGCCCCGAUGGCGUCAACAGCAUGGACGACCAGGGCAUGACCCCACUGAUGUAUGCCUGCUCGACGGGGGAUGAGGCCCUGGUGCAGAUGCUGAUCGAUGCUGGAGCAAACCUGGACAUGGCGGUCCCCGGCUGCUCCCCGAGGCACCCCUCCGUCCACCCCGACAGCCGGCACUGGGCCGCCCUCACCUUCGCAGUCCUGCAUGGGCACAUCUCGGUAGUGCAGCUCCUGUUAGACGCCGGUGCCAACGUGGAAGGUGCUGCCGCCAGGAACGGACAGGAAAGCUGUGCCGAAACUCCUCUCCAGCUGGCCUCGGCAGCUGGUAACUACGAGAUGGUGAGCUUGCUGCUGGCACGGGGGGCAGACCCCCUGCUGAGGGUGCGGGAUGGCACUGCCCUGACGUCGUCGCUCUACGAGGACAUGAACUGCUUCAGCCACGCUGCAGCACAUGGGCACAGAAACGUCCUGAGGAAGCUACUGACUCAGCCCCAGCAAGCCAAAGAUGACGUCCUGUCCCUGGAGGAAAUCCUGGCCGAGGGGGUGGAGGCCGAGGCGGGCAGGGAGGGGGGCUGGCCCAGGGGAUGUCCCCCGCUGAGCCCCAGCUGCCUGGCUGACGUAGGGACCACGGGGCUCUGCAAGGCUCGCAUGAAGGCCCUGCAGGAGGCCACCUACUACAGCUCCGAGCACGGCUAUCUGGAUGUCACCAUGGAGCUGAGGUCACUGGGCGUGCCAUGGAAGCUCCACGUUUGGCUCGAGUCCCUCCGUAGCGCCCAGCUGCAGUCCAGGGCCGGCGUCACCCUCACACUUCUGAGGGAGUUCACCACCAUCCGGGAGGAGGAGUACUCUGAGGAGCUUGUCUGUGUCGGUCUGCCCCUCCUAUUCUCCAUCCUCAAGACCAGCAAGAAUGAGGCGCUAAAUCUUCAGGUGGGCUCCAUCCUCAGUCACUGUUACGGCUCUGCUCCCCUGCCAGCCAUCGCAGAGCUGAAGGUGGCGCUCUCAGCCCAGUUGGAUCCCCACUUCCUGAACAACAAGGACAUGUCAGAUGUGACCUUCCUGGUGGAAGGGAGGCCUUUCUAUGGCCACAGGGUCCUGCUGAUAACAGCCUCUGAAAGGUUCCGGAACCUGCUGGGAUCCUGCAAACCGGAGCGCUCCAAGGAUGUUGAAAUCCCCGACGUUAAAUACAGCACCUUCCAGAUGAUGAUGUCUUACCUGUACUGUGGGAGUGCCGACGCCAUGCAGGCCUCCGUGGCUGACAUUCUGGAGCUGCUGUCAGUGGCCAAGUUAUUCCAGCUGGGGGCACUGCAGAGACACUGUGAAAUCCUGUGUACUAAGAGCAUCAGACCGGAUAGCGCAGUCAACAUCUACAGGAUUGCCAAGGUCCGUGGGGCUGCGGAGUUAAGUGCGUUCUGCGAGGCGUAUUUCCUGCAGCACAUGCCCGAGUUGCUGGAGUUGGAGGCCUUCCGGAUGCUGCUUCUGGGGACGGGGGGCCGCGAUUCCCCCCUGGAGGAAAUGGAGGCCAUGCUUGUACGCCGGCUGCACUCGCUCUAUGUGUCGUCCCGUGUGUGAGGCGGCCAUCGAGGGAAGUGACCGCAGAGCAUCGUGGGAUUGCGGGUGUCUGUCAGCACAUGUUUAAUAACUUUAAUGCUCUCAGCUCUGGUCAAAGAUGCCUCAAGUUCCUUUUAAUGACAGGAGAAAAGCACAUGAAGAGAAAGAGGCUCCAUGAAAAACGUGGCUGUGCUGCCCUCCAGUGGUCAGGGACGGCUCCGUUUCUUGGAGAACAGACCCAGAAAAUCUCCCCUGUAACAGAAAGACUGAAAUAUUAUCAUCAGCGUAAAAUGCUGAUAAUGUAAAUAUUUCUUGUUUAAAAUGUGAAAAAAAAACUUUUUUAUUUAAGGAGAGGAGAAAAAACUAUUUACCAAGAACGGUACCUGAUAUAUUUCAUUGCAACUGAAUAAUGUAAGAGUCAAGUUGGUUUACCUAUAUCCUGUAAAACUUGUUGUCCAUUUCUCUGACAGGCUUGAUCUGCCAUCUUUAGUGUAAACUCUGGCCACAGCUAAGUGCAUAAGGACUUUGGUUCGUCACUGCGAUGUCAUAUCAGAGAUGCCUUUUCUGUAAAAAACAAACUUUGUCCAUUAGGUAACCAGCUUUUUCUCUUUGGCAGAAGGCUCAUUCCAUCUAAAAUGAAGGGUGGGUAGGCAGAUGAAUGCAGCGUGAGCAGCCUGGUGCUGCAGAUAUUGUAACCAAUAAAUCACCUUUCCAAACUGCA